AUGUCGGGUAGCUCGAUGCAAGGAGCGAAUAUGCCAACAAUAGGAACGAUAAACCAAGGAGCAAUACAAUAUGUGAACAAUCCUCUUCAAAGCCCACAGCUGCAGUCUUCAUCUUUACAAGGGUCUCCGUCGCAACACAGCCCUAUGAGCCAAACACAAGUGAAUACUAAAAAUAACAGUUCUGGAGAUCAAACAACACAGCUUCUGAGUAGGCCUCGAUUGCAAGAAUUAGUUAGAGAAGUAGAUCCUACAGUCCAACUAGAUGAGGAAGUUGAAGAAAUGUUGCUUCAAUUAGCAGAUGACUUCAUUGACACUUCUUUAAAUGCUGCCUGUUCCCUUGCGAAACACAGACAUGCUCCAUCUGUGGAGCUUAGAGAUGUACAGUUACAUUUAGAACGGCAAUGGAACAUGUGGAUUCCUGGUUUUGGUAAUGACGAGUUGAGACCAUACAAGAGAGCAGCUGUCACUGAAGCUCACAAACAGAGAAUGGCUCUUAUUAGGAAGACUCUUAAGAAAUAUUAG